UUUUUCUUUUUGUUUCGCCUUUCUUUCAUUUACCCUUCAUCCUUUCAUCACUCUUUUUUUCUUUUCCGUUCUAAUUUCUUGACUCCUCUAAAUGCCUGUCACUUUUCAAACCUCAAGCGUCCCGCUAAGAACGACCUUGAUGACGAUGAUGACAUCAUUUUAUCCCGCAACGAUGUAAUUUCCGCUAAAAGUGCUUCAACCGGUGGUGAAGUUAACACAAUUCCUACCAACGACAUUGUUGUAGGCAGGACCGUCGCUCCUCCACCGCCGAUGCCUCCGAUUCCUCAGCCUAACUCUCUUCGUCAACCCUGA